AUGACCACUUUAGAUUCCCUACCGGUCGAACUCAUCGCCGACAUUCUCAGCGAGCUCGAUCUCGAGACACUUGUUCAUGUUUCUCAGCUAUCCCGCCGUUUUAACGUCGUCGUAUCCGACCCCGCUUUAAAUCCGUGGAGAAGACCAAUUUUGCGCGAACUCGACUCAGGCAAGUACCACAAGGCGCUUAGAAAUCUGAGUGUCAGGCAAACCGUCCCACGACACAACUGGAUUGAAAUUUUGAGCCUGGCCUCCCCUUCGUUCAUCCUUUUUGAUACAACAUUACCCAAUCUCAAGGCGGAAGAGUGGAGAGAAUGUUUUUCACGACGAUUUCUACCCAGUUGGAGGAGGUGGACUCGUCAGGAUACUAGUUGGAAGGCUGCUUUUCUAAAGGUUUUACAUCGUGUCUGGCAUCGAACUCGGACAUCUUGUACUGUCGAUGAAGCAUGGACAAAGUACAUUGUCCUUCACCGGAAAGGUCACGCCAAUCUGUUGGAGGCAUCUACGCGUAACUUCAAUCCUAUCACUAUAUUCAACCAGCUAAAGCUUCAAAGUAAUCUCAUACAUGUGGAAACUCGUAUCAGGCUUGUCGUAGAACUGAUGGACGUUAGGGUGAUCGCGUUCGGGACUUUGAAUACCAGAAGCCCUCUGACGAUGAACCUCAAUGCCCAUACUUUUCUUCACCCACCUGGUGCCGAUAAUCUUGGUGACCAACCUGUUGCAGAGAGCAAUUAUUCGAUAGCGGAUUACGGAGCAUACCCUUUAGCUCAGUCUAGUGGCUAUCACCAUUCAAGCGGCGCUCUUAAUCUCACACAAAUGACCCACCCUCAUCCAGCUUCAUCACACAAACACUAUCCUUGGUAUACCCCUGGUGGUUUUGACAAGCGGUGGCUCGAGUCAGAUGGGGUUGAAGAAGAAGGUCGUAAAUGGGUUGGGUCGAUGAUGAUUGUUGCUCAACUGAGAGGCCCCAGGACUCACGAACCUUCCCAAAUUGAGCCGCCCCUUCAGGACCUUGACUUAAUUACUGGCCCUGGGCGGCAUCAGUAUGCAUCCUUUGUCUGGAAUGAUCUUUGGGCUAUCGCUCCGUGGUUAGAAGAAAGGGUCACACGUAAAAUCGACGGACAGGGGUUAGGAAACUAA